AGCCUUUCAUUGCUUUCACCCCCUCCCCCCCCUAGCGAAGCAGAGUACUCUGCGUCCAACUAAAAACUUUUCCAACUGCUUCUCUCACAAUCACUCUCAAUUGCUAUCUUAGCUUCAUUCUACUCAUAAUUCUUGGAAAAUAAGAUGAAAAUUCUUCACGGGUUUUUAUCCGUUCUGAUAGCAACGACAUUGCUCUUAUCGGGCCUUCGGUGCUCCAACGCAAGGAACCAUUUUCACAAACCGAAGAACUCCCACAAGGACAGCGGGAGGCAUAUAUAUCAACCUCCUCUCCCAUCCCCUGCUGAGCCUCCGUCAGCGGGUGGCAGGGAUGCCGAUAACGCUACCUCCGAUCCUUGCAUCUUCAACGUGAGAUCUUAUGGUGCGAUCGGAGAUGGAGAUACCGACGACACCAAAGCCUUCCGUGAUGCUUGGAAGGCUUCAUGCUCCCAAGAGAACAGUGUUCUGUUGGUUCCUUCUGAUGGGGUUUUCACCAUCACUUCGACGAUCUUCAACGGCCCUUGCCAGCCUGGUUUCGUCUUUCAAAUUGAUGGGGUUUUGAUGCCUCCGGAUGGUCCUGAUUGUUGGCCAGAGUCUGAUAGCAAGAACCAGUGGCUCGUGUUCUACAGGGUCGACGGCAUGACGUUAAGAGGGGGAGGGACAAUUGAAGGCAAUGGUGAAAAAUGGUGGGAUCUCCCGUGUAAACCUCACAGAGGCCCAAAUGGAACUACAUCGCCCGGGCCAUGCAACAGCCCUGCGAUGAUUAGGUUCUUCAUGAGCUCAAACCUCACGAUGAAGGAACUGUCAAUAGAGAACAGCCCUCAGUUCCAUGUCAAGUUCGAUGGCUGCGAUGGGGUUCACAUCGAAGACAUAUCGAUAAACUCCCCUGCUCUCAGCCCCAACACCGACGGAAUCCACAUAGAGAACACCAAGUCUGUUGCCAUCUACAACUCCAUGAUAAGCAAUGGCGACGAUUGCAUCUCGAUCGGGCCUGGUUGCUCUGAUGUGGACAUUCAAAAUGUAACUUGCGAACAUAGUCAUGGCAUCAGCAUCGGGAGUUUAGGCGUGCACGGAUCCCAAGCCUGCGUCUCAAACAUCAACGUCCGAAAUGCGGUGAUCAGGAAUUCUGACAAUGGUCUAAGAAUCAAAACAUGGCAAGGGGGUAUGGGAUCAGUCUUCGGCAUAAGUUUCAACACUGUGUACCUCGAAAAUGUCAGGAACUGCAUCAUCAUCGAUCAGUACUACUGCAUGACAAAAGAUUGCAUGAACCAGACGUCUGCUGUGCACGUAUCAGAUGUAUCAUAUUCGAAUAUAAAGGGGACUUAUGACGUGAGAAGCCCACCGAUACACUUUGCUUGCAGUGAUAGUGUGCCUUGUACAAAUAUUACAAUGUCGGAGGUGGAAUUGUUACCCCAUGAGGGGGAGCUCGUCGAUGAUCCCUUCUGCUGGAACGCCUACGGGAUACAAGAAACCCUAACCAUACCGCCGAUAUCUUGCCUGCAGGAUGGGAUACCGCAGUCGAUUAGAGAGAGCUACAAUAACAUAGGAUGUUGAAAGUUUGAGUAUAGAAUAUUAUUAGAUAAAGCACCAGGCCCAGAUGGCUGCACGUAUGGUUUUUGUUCCAGUGGUUGCUAUUGUGGAGCUUGCGUUAGGGUUUGGGUUCACCAAUUGGAUGCAGUAUUGGUUGCAUGUUAUUUGUGGUGUGAUAUGCCUUUUGUGGUAGGGAUUGGGAGCACUGUAAUUAGUAAAAAUGCAUUUUAAUUAUCAAUUAAUAUAAGAUUGAUGAGAUCCAUCCAUCCA